AUGCGUGAAGCGCUUUUUUCUCAGGAUGGUUGGGGUUGUCAGGAUGUUAAUCAGGAUACGAACUGGGAAGUGCCAAGUUCACCUGAGCCAACUAAUAAGGAUCCAUCUGCUGGGCCCACAAUGUGGAAACCCACUAUUAAUAAUGGAACUGAUUUGUGGGAGUUGAAUUUGUGCAACGGUGGGCAACCACCAAUUCAACCUGUUCAAAAAACUCCGUGGGAACAUACACCAUCCUCUAAUCUAGGUGGAACAUGGGGAGAAGAUGAUGAUGGUACGGAAAGUAGCAGUGUAUGGACUGGCUCAUCGAAUAAUCCUUCAACUGCAGGCACUGUAAGGGUUACUGGAAUAAAUGCGACAGCUGUAGGUGCAAAUGGACCUGGAAACAAUCCCCAAUGGGGUCAAACUGCUAUUGGCAUUGUCGUUGGAUCAACUAACAACACCACCGGAACGGUUUCUGCCAACAUUGGCAAUGCAUCUACCGUAGGUGGUGGCACUGGUGUCCCUGGUGUAAAUGUGCCCGGAAAUGUGAACACAGUGCAAGCAAGUGGUUCUAAUGGAAGUAAUUGGGGAGACUCUCGUGACUUGAAUAGUGGUGGCGUAACAAGUACUGUACCUAUGCGGGGCGUUGAUCCCCGCGAUCCAAUGCGUGGUACGUCAGCAGUCGAGACUCGUGAUUUGCGACUGAUAGAUCCGCGGGAUCCUAUACGUGGAGAUCCUCGGGGAAUUUCAGGACGUUUAAAUGGCACGUCAGAAAUGUGGGGCCAACAUCAUUCCAUUGCACACAAUCAAAUACCAGCAAUGAAUAAAAUAGUGGGGCCCGGUGUAGGCGCUUCCGUAUCUACCGGCGCUGUUGUUGCCGGUGGAAGUGUAGCUGGUGGCAUCGGACCUGGCAACAUUAAUGCCAUAAACCCUGUUGGUAUAAGCGGUAACGUGAACGCUCACUGGCCUUCUUCGGCGGUGGGUGGACCAAAAGAUAUAACAUCAAUGGCAGGUAAAGUUACUGGGAGGGAAGAACCGUCGCCACCACCGCAACGCCGCAAUAUCCCCAACUAUGACGAUGGGACAUCAUUGUGGGGACAACAGUCACGUAUACCGGGUGGGAGUGGUUCUCAUUGGAAGGAUAUAUCAGAUCCACUGAAUAGGCAUUUAACGCGAAACACUGUAGGCAAUCAGAAUACGACUAAUGCAAGCGGUAGCCUCGGCAAUAGCUCUGGCAAUGGGUUGGGCAAUAAUCCAGGCGUAAUAAAUGCGUCAGUCGUUGGCGGUAGUGCCAACAAUCCAAUAAGCAGUGUAGGUCCGCAAGGACGACUUAGUUUAGGUGCAGCAUAAACCGAUAAUUCUAUGUGGGUCCAUGCCAAUAACUUAAAUGUAAACUCACGUAACACCACUUUUUGGGGUGAUGAAGUUAAUCACAAUGUGGGCCCAAAUCCAGGCGUUAAUGGGAUGGAUGAUAAAACUAGCGCUGGUAUUGGACAGCUAGGCGUUAGUGUUGGUGUAGCUAAUUCUUGGAACGAUCCACCACCGUCUUGGAGUAAGAACCAAAAUAAAAUAGCAGGUAGUACUUCCGGUUGGGGUGCAAGUGGAAGUAGCGAUGGUACAGACUUGUCAUCUGACUGGAAUACUCACGCUGCCAUUGUUGGCAAAACUCAGCCAAAAAUAGGUAGUGUUAACGUUAAUAUUAGUAACUUGAACACAGAUGUGAUUAAACAGAGUAAACAGUAUCGUCUUCUUGUGGAAAAUGGCUUUAAAAAGGAGGAUGUAGAAUGAGCCUUAUUUAAUACCAAUAUGAACAUCGAAGAGGCUGCUGAUUUACUUCGUGCUCCUAUAUCUACAGAUUGGAGGCGACACGAAGAAUCCCUGGGUUCUUAUAGUGAUCACACAAACACUGGGGGCAAUUUUGCGGUACGCUAUCCCACAACGGCCUCUCAGUCUAAUAUGCCUUUCCCUCCGAAUAUGUUGAACAGUAUGAGCGGCAGCGGUGCAAGUGUUAGUGGUAAUAAUACAAAUCUAGCAGCGCUCAAUUCCAUACAAUCACUUCCAGUGCAAAAGUAUUUGAAUCCAGUAUCACACAACAUUAAUAUUGUCCCACAAGCUAUGAAUACUGCUGUUACUUUUGGUCCAGGGGUCGCUAAUGUCUCAGCGACUAUGAAUUCAAUUUCAAGUAGUGACAAUCAACCAUCUGCUCAACCGCUGCGUGUACUUGUGCAGCAAAUUCAACCAGCUGUUCACAGUGGAUACUUAUCUAGCCAAAUCUAUUCAGAACCUUUACCAUCCUCAAUGCUUGUACUUUUAUAUCAAUUAUUGACCAAUAUUAAGCAUCUUCAAGCGGCGCAGCAGUCUUUGACAUGUGCUGGCAAUAACCCCAAUAACUCCCAGAUAAGUUAUGCUAUUUCCAAAUAUAAGCAGCAAAUCCAAAAUUUACAAAAUCAAAUAAACGCACAUCAGGCGUUCAUAUUGAAACAAAAGCAGCAGCAGUCCAUACCACAAAAUACGCAACAGCACGCUACAACACAUGCCAAUAAUUCUAACAUGGAAUAUAUUAGGCAGCAUGAUGCCAUAAGUGUGUUACAGGGAAAUUUUUCGGAAACGAACUUAACUAAGCAUAGCGGCUAUCCGGGAGGUCCAAACUCACAGUCAAAACUUAUUAAUCAAUGGAAGCUUCCUGAGAAAGAUCUAACGUCAGAUAGCACAGAUUUUUCAAGAGCUCCAGGAACAACAAAACAAAAUUUAUCAGGUGCACCAGGCAGCGCUAUGGGACCGUUGGGCCUGCAAAACGAGGGAACUUGUUCGGCUGGACGAAAUAUUGGAGAUGGAUAGCCAGAUUCAUCCACUGAAAAUGAGAAUGAAGACUGGUCUGUUGCUCAGCCUACACCUGCCGCGACGUACACUGAUUUAGUUCAAGAGUUUGAACCAGAAAAACCAUGGCAGGGCUCGCAGAUGAAAAGUAUAGAGGACGAUCCUAGUAUAACUCCCGGUAGUGUAGCUAGAUCUCCGCUCAUUAACUCGACGCCAAAAGAAGCUGACAUAUUUGCGAAUCCUGGCAAAAGUUCACCGACUGAUUUGACACCGCUCAGUUUAUCGUCAUCUACAUGGAGCUUUAAUCCAGCAAUCAAGCUUUUCAAAGGUGACGAUAUACUCUUGAAGCCUGUUGCUACAGACCAAAUUCAACAUAGUACUUGCAAGCGUACCUCCGGCAAAAUUACUACGAUGCGUACUCUUAUUGAUGAUACACCAGCAACGGACAAAUUUAGCUACAUUCGUCGUAAAAUCAUCGAAAAUUUCGCCGAGAGUCAACAACGCCGUCUUCAACGUGUUUUGAAAGAGCUUCCACUGGGUGAUCCGAAGGCCGAGCCAGACGAUUUGUACAAUGAAAUGCGACGAACAGCAGGUACCACGCUCAGCGAGAGCAUACUACAUGAUCUCUGGGUCAGCCGCUUGCCACCGUACGCACAAGCAGCUAUCAUCGCCACUAGCGUUCCAAUUAGUGACAAAAUUAAAAUCGCUGAUUCUAUCACAGAAUGUUUAUCAUUGAAGGACGGUGGACAAAUUUUUGAGGUUAGAUCCGAAUCGCAACCGCAGGAAACCUACAAUUCAAAUAAUGGCGGAAGUGUUAUCGGAGGAAACAACUCCAUAUCUUCUGGUAGCGGAAAUAAUGCAGGGCCCUGCAAUACUGUCGCCGGUUCAAGUGGUGGUAAUGGCAGCAUGACGUCGCAUUUAGUCAUUAGCGGUACUGGCAGUAAUAAUGGCAAUGUAAUGAAUAGCGGUAGCACUGGGAGCAACAGCAACAAUGGAAACAGUCAGAGCCAGUCUGGUUCUGUUGGUCUAAGCUCGAGCACAGGCAAAACUAGUAACACUAAUAAUAUUGCAAGCGGAAGUGGGAGUUCAAAUGUUACAUCGAAUAAUAUCGUCGGUAGUAGCAACGCCGUAAGUGCAUCUACUUGGCGUCAAACACAAAAUCAGCCGAGACCGUCUGGUAGAGACGAAUAUGACUAUAUUUCACAAUAUGUUUGUUCCAUUGUAGAUGAUUAAAUU